AGACAACGUCGCGCCCGUCGUCGCGUUGCAAAAGUGCCUGGAGAUCUGCUCGCCGAUGUUGCAGAGGGGACAAGAAGCCAGCCACCGCGCUUCUUCCGCCGUAGUGUCAUUCGCCAAACGGCCGCGGGCAGGAAGCGCUCGCCCCACUCGGUCUGGAACUAGCGUAUUGUGCUAGUAUAUAUCGCUGCGCUCGCAACUUCACGGUGUCUGCUUGCUAGUCGCGCAUCAAGGUUGACAAGUAUCCAUUCAGACUACGGCGGUCUGACUACUUCAGUAACCGCGGUAACGGCUGCGUGGAAGCCUCCAAGAUGAAGUUUCCACUGCCCAAGAAUAUCUUCCCACCGCUGGAGUUGUCGGAGAACCAGGAAUUCAGCUACGAACAGCUCGCCAAUGCGCUCAUCAAGGCCACGCUCACCGAGUAUGAUCAGUUCGUCAUGCACGACCGCAAGCGCGUGGACUCCAAGCGCUGGAAGACCGUGCGCACCCGCGACGGUGUGACCAUCUACCGUGAGCGUGUCGUGGACGGCGUGCGUCAGCCGGCCCCGGCUAGCCUUGCGCUGUAUCAAAGCGCCAUCUCAGCGACCAGCAGCCGUCCCAGUCAGAAUGCACGCCGUUCGGGCCCCCUGACCUCCGACACUAUCUCUCUCAACAGCGGACGCGGCUUCAUGCCUCCGUCGCCAAAGAAGAGCAGGGACAUGGACCCAACUGAAGACAGCCGUGACACGACCGGCAACGACAGCUACAGCAGUGGUGGCCUGCUAUCAGAGCCACGCAUCACAACUGCUGCGUUCUCAAGUGCUGACGACGAUAACACUAGCUCUGGCCUGCCAAGAUUGCUCGCUGUCGGCAACCUUCGGGGCUCUCUUGACGACGUCAUGUACGGCGUCGUGUCGCCGAACGCGUCGUCCGUUCGCCUGCGUAGCUCGUACCUUGGUGAACACAUCGCCGACUGCGCCGUGCUGCGUGAGAUGAAGAGUCCGUCUCCUGCCGACCCGUUUCGAUUCCUGGGUAUCAAGUGGUUCGUGCGCGCCAAGCACCGCGGUGCUGCCCGCAUCGUCCUGCCCCGUGAUUUCGUUGUCCUAGAGUUCUCCGGUGUAAUGAUGCGACCCGACAACUCGCGCGUGGGCUUCCAUCUCAUGCACUCUGUGGAUAUCUCUGCGUGCCGUGAACUGCACGAGCACCGCAUCCUUCGCGCAAAGGUGUCGAGUUGUUACAUUUUCGAGGAGACGGGCAACAACCGCGUCCAGGUCUUCAUGACAGCUUCCGUUGAUCCGAGUGGACAUGUACUCAACCGUAUGGCCGUGCGAUCAGCGGCUACGGCACUUAGCAACUGCUGGAGGUCUGUCUCCUGUGCGCACAACAAGAAGCUCGCCUUCUGUCUAGAGAACGAACGCCCGUCAAGUAUGGGAACCAGCGGCGUCACCUCCUCUCGAGGUGGCCACGCACUAUUAAGCGCUAGCGUUGUCAGGUCGUCCCGAGGAGGCCUCUCUGCGCUUACACCUGUAAACGAGUCCAGCGUGCGCGAAUCGAGUGCGAUGGAGCCGGUGUCCCAGCGCAGCAACUACAGCUCCACGGCACAUCGUCGUCAGUGCGGUGUCUGUCGUGGUAAGCUGGGUGUACUGUCCAAGUCGAUUUCGUGUCAACUAUGCUGUGAACAGAUCUGCAGCCGAUGCCGUAUCGUGCGCAAGCUAAGCAGCAACACUCUUAACUCACAGGUCAUGCAGUCGUCCAUCAACUUCUGCAAGAAAUGCGUCGCCAGUGUUAGUGACGAGAGCGCACUGGAGAUCGCUCGUCAGGAACUGUGGGUGCGGGCGCGUGGCCGUACGCGCGCGUCGUCCGCGAUCUCUAGAACGACCACGAGAAACAGUUUCUCAUCGGAAAGGAACACGUACGCGACGGUGGUGCUCGGUCGAGGCAGUGAUAUGAACAGCCGGGGCAGCACUGCAUCAAGCAGUCUGGGCUUCAGCCGUGGCCCCAGCAGCUUUAGCCGUGGCAAUAGUAGCUUCAGCCAGAGCCGCGGUCCUCAGCAGGAGGAAUCAGCUCUGGGGUACUCGGUUGGCCCCCGUCCAUCGACAUCGACGCAGUCCUCGACCCCACUGCAACGCCCUAGUUCGGGCGGCCGGUUGUCGAAGAAUUUCUCGCUCAACACGAUCAGCACCAGCGCUGGCCCGUUGUCGACCAGUACGCUGACGAAUGAUGCGCUAUCGCUCGCCGACCUCGGCAGAGAUAGUAGCAUCAACCGCAACAGUGCCAAGAACAAGGAUGCCACCGCUAACAAGGACAAGAGUGACGGAGAGGAGCCUGUAGUGCUUGAUCACCGCAUGACCAUGACCAUCCGCAGUCUGCGUCACCUGGACUACGUCUUGUCAGUGGGUGAACAGGACCUUGUGGACGAGCUUGAGAACGAAGAUUUCGAGUCUGAAGACUAUGGGGAGUUUGAGAGCGGCGAUGAAGGCGAGCUACGCUCGAGUUACGCGUCGUCGGUAGCUGUGCUGGAUGACAACUAUGAGACGUGUGAGACUCCUACAAGUGACGCACAUCAGUCGCAACGCGAGUCUCCAAUCGUUGAGGGCGAAGAAGACGAAGACAGCGAAGAAGACGAAGACAGCGAAGAAGACGAAGACAGCGAAGAAGAGGUCGAUGAUGAGCAGCAGCUUAAAGAAGAAGAGAAAUCGACUGAGGAGGUUAAAGCUAUGAAUGCCGAUGAGAAGUCUGCGGAGAGCCAACAGCCCACGGAGCAGACUGAGGACGAUAACAACGAGACGGAACAGCCCUCAGAAGCAUUGGAGAAGUCGGUUGUGAUGGCUAUGCUGGUCCACGAGGGUGCCGACCAGCAAGAUGAAGCCGUGGAGGUGGUGGAAGCCGCCCCCAUCGCGGAGGUGCACGCCAUGAUGCUGUCCCAGUACGAGAUGCAGAAGGCCACGCCUGAGUCUGCUAACGAAGACCCAAAGCCGCGUCUGCAUCGUGCGCACACGACGGUCCCGUCCUCCGGCGGCGAAACGAACUACCAGCAUCAACUUUUCCAGCAGAUGCAGGACUUGCACAGUGUCGCGGAGACGACGUACCAGGUGGCUCGAGCCAACACCGAGGCGGCUUUCAAGGAGCGUGAUAGUGGCCGCAUGUCCAAGGCGUCGCCCGACGGCACGACUGGAAACCUCCGUGGCGUGCGGACAUUCUCCCAGCCGUUCGCCUUCAACGUGGUGGGUCUGCGCUCGACGCGCGCCAUGACCGUUGGCAUCGACAAGUAAGCAAGCGAGAAGCGUAAUGCCAUUAUGAGCUGUGAUAUUUAACCUGGAGGUAGAGAAUGCAAGCAAUUGAGGUCCUAUCUAGUGAACAAAGCAUUCAGUUAUCAAAAAUAUAUUAGCGUUGCUAGUCUUGCCUGCUUU